AUCUCUUUCUACAGUUUUUGAACGGCCAUUUCUUCAAUUUCCUCAAGAAUUCCAUGUUAUCCAUGAACCACUUAAUCCAAUUGGUUGUGCUUAUGUGACCAAAAACUUUGAAUUUUUGAAUCAAAUUCCGUUACCUAAACCUACUGACCUGAUCACUUUUGUACAUCAUUUCUCACCUACUCUUAAUGAAAUUCUUGUCCUUCAUUACUAUAAUGAUGUUAAAACACAUACUUUAAGAGUUUUUGCGAAGGAUCAUGCAUCCAACUUUUUAGAUAAGGAACUCCAUAAAGCUCUACAAAGGGAUAUAGUGUUCGAUAUAGAAGUUCUUCUUAAGAAUUCUGUAGCUUUUGCUACUGUUAACUCACUACCUUUCUUAUCCAUAACCUUUAUCGAAUCAAGAUCCCAUGGCCAGGCUCCUCUAUCAACUGGAAUUACACCUUUUAACCUUUUCCAAGCUGUUAAAUACGGUUUCCAUUCAUCGAAACAUUCCAUAUUAAUGGAAAAGA